UUCUGUGAAGUUGGGAUCGUCUCUGCCUCUCUCGAUCGCCGCCGCUCUCUGCCUCUCUCUCUGCAUGAAGCUUUUGGGUAAUCAGAAAUCGCAUUAUCGUGUGAGAGUUUAAUCCAAUUCGGAAAGAAAAGGCAAUUGGCAAUGGAUCACUCAUUCGGAGGAGGAAGCUGGACGAUGAUCCCGAACAUUCCGGUCCACAGUAACCCUCCGACGCCCUCCAAUCAGGACCAUCUGUACCUCCAACAACAGCAGCAGCAGCAGCAGCAGCAAUAUCAUCAGCAACAACAACAGUUCCAUCAACAGCAGCAGCAGCAACAACAACAACAGCAACAAUUUCUUCAUCAGCAGCAACAGUUUAAUCAGCCUCAGUCGCAGCAACAGUUUCAACCUCAGCAGCAGCAGCGUUAUCAGCAGCAGCAGCAGCAGCAGCAUCACCAAUCCCUCGCUUCUCACUUUCAUCUCCUCCAUUUGGUGGAGAAUUUGGCAGACGCCAUUGAAAACGGAGCUCGGGAUCAACAUUCUGAUGCUCUGGUUACUGAACUGAGCAACCAGUUUGAGAAAUGCCAGCACCUGCUACACACAAUAUCUUCAUCGAUCAAUGCAAAAGCAAUGACAGUUGAGGGGCAGAAGCGCAAGGUUGAGGAGAGUGAGCAAUUGCUGAACCAAAGGAAGGAUCUCAUUGCCAAGUAUAGAAACUCGGUUGAAGAUCUAAUCAACUCCGAGCCAUAAUCACAUGCCAAUAUUCUAAAUAGGAUUAACAAAUUCAAAUCAGCUGAUGGACCUGGUUACCUUUGGGGAAGACUAUGCGAUUUGGGAAGGUUCAGUGGAUUCUGUAUAUGAAGCUGCUUCAAAUCCAAGAUGUAGAUCAAAAUUCAGAUAAUCCCAACAUGUAAUCUCAUUGCGUAGUCAUUAUGAUUACCAAGUAAACGGAUACCAUAUGAAUAACCCUACUCUUUUUUUUCUUUGAUGAGAAAAUAAACCCUAGUUUUGAUGAUAUUGCCCUUAAAAACUGUGAGCUUGCUGGCUAAAUAUCUACUAGCCUUUCUCCUCUACUUGUUGAGUUUAUUAUGUGAAGGGAGAUGAUGAUUGUUACAUAUGAAUUGAAGAAGAAAGUGAAUGGGAAGGAAAAU